AUGGCUACGGGAUCCUCUGUACAGGAGGCGUCAGAUUCGCCUGUGUCAGCACAUGCAGAUUCCUCAGGAUCUUCUGCGGUGAGUGUUCCUGUGGUCCAGCCAACAGCUCCUUCACGAGUUAUGACUCGGUUACAGAAAGGAGAACCAACAACAUUAAAUAGUGCACUUGAUGAUCCUAAGUGGAAGAAGGCAAUGGAUGAGGAAUACUCUGCACUUAUGAGGUACAAGACAUGGCAUCUUGUACCAAAUCAAAAAGGUAGAAAUAUCAUCGAUUGCAAAUGGGUUUACAGAAUUAUAAAGAAGGCAGAUGGCUCCAUUGACAGGUACAAAGCACGUCUAGUUGCAAAGGGUUUUAAACAACGUUAUGGUAUUGAUUAUGAGGACACUUUCAGUCCUGUUGUUAAAGCUGCAACUAUCAGACUUGUGCUAGCCAUUGCUGUAUCCAAGGGUUGA